AUGCUCACCGUUAUCAUCAAAGCGGCCAACAUGUCAAUCUCCCAGCACCGCGUCUUGUGUGGGGCUGCGGUGCUGGGCUUCUUCUUUUGCCUGAGAGGAUCCGAAUAUCUCUCAUCACGUGGAAAACUUCACGUGUACUGUCUUCAAGUCCGCGAUAUCCACGUACAUGACAGCAACGGAGUGGUCACCAAUAAAUUCCGGACAGCAACAUCGUGGUCAAGCACCGAUUUGCCCAGUAUUCGCAGCGCUUCUACUAUUACGCAAUGCAGCGAGUCUCAAGCUGCCAUCAAACUCACCGAUCUGCACAGCGAGCCGACACCAAGUCUUAUCCACCGAGUCCAUGACAAAAACCCUGAGACGAGCAGCCGAGCGAUGCAGUAUACCAGCGCACACGAUAUCAACCCACUCACUCAGAACGGGAGGUGCAACUGCGCUUCAUUCAGCAGGCGUCGAUACGGACACGAUUCGCAUGCACGGACGCUGGGCAUCCGACGCAUACCAAGCGUACAUACGCGAAACACCAGCAGCAAUAUCACACCUCGCCAAACACAUGAGUCGUGCCACAUCACAUGCAAGUCGACGUCACCAAACCGAUCAACUAAAUGGGGCAACACGAGCGUAAACUCUCGUGUGAUCGAGUCGAUAACGUCGAAAUGCAAAAAAAACGACUUGUUUUUCCCCAACACUGACGACGAUGAAGUUAAAGGAAAUGGUCAUCUGUUGGCUGCAGCUAAAGAAGGGUUUUCCGGAGCACAAGAGUCGCAGUAUCAGACCGAACAGUCGGCACGUCACACUUCAUUCUAUCCCGCUAAGGCGUCUAUGCCGUCGAGGACGCCCAGCCGAAGUAGUCUACGUUAG